AUGCCAUUAGACUUCGAAAAGCAGAGCUACUGGCACGCCCGCUUCGCGCACGAAGAGAACUUCGAGUGGCUCGUGCCGUCGGCGACAUUCACGGCGCUCAUCGAGCCGCACCUGACCGCGGCGGGGGCAGCAGCACGGAUCUUGCACUUGGGUAUCGGCACGAGCGAUCUGCACAUUGAUCUGCGGCGGCGGGGGUUCGAGCGCGUCGCCAACGUCGACUACGAGCCGCUGGCGCUGGAGCGGGGCCGCCAGCUAGAGGAGCAGGUGUUUGGCGACGUGCGCAUGGGCUAUCUCGCGGCCGAUGUCAUCGACAGUGCGGGCGAGGGGAAGAAGUACUAUGACCUCGCAAUCGACAAGUGCACGGCCGACGCCGUGGCGUGCGGCAGGAACGACGCCGUGCUGGCCAUGGCUGAGAAUGUGCGGCAGUGUUUGAGUGAUAGUGGCGUCUGGAUCUCGCUGAGCUACUCGGCGUCGAGGUACGAUCUGGAUGGCGGGGACUUUGAAGGGGGGCUGCCGUUCGAGGUUGAGGUCGUUGGCAAGAUCCCGACGCCGAAGCAGCGGGUGACGGACCCAGACGUGUUUUACUGGUGUUAUUUGCUGCGACCGAAGCGGCUAUGA